AUGUUCCCUUCACCCAGCACCCCUAGUGUGGGGCAGUCCAUAUUGCGUGACUGGUGCAGAUGGAUGGGUGUGAAUGCUCAGCGCUGCUUGCUCAUCAUGGGCAUCCCUGAUGAGUGUGAGGAAGUUGAGUUUCAAGAGACACUGCAGGUUGCACUGAGGCCUUUGGGCAGAUACCGAGUGCUCUGCAGGGUCUUCAGAAAGGAGAUUGGUUGUAGAGUUGCUUUGGUGGAGUUCACUGAAUAUUUAAACCGAAGUUUGAUCCCCCAAGAAAUAACUGGAAAUGGGGGGUCCUGGAAUGUGAUCUUUCUGCCCCAGGUUCCUGAUUCUGAGUUACAGGAUCCUGCAGCUGAGGCAGGAGCUCCUGAUGAGGAAAGCUUUGAAGCUGAGGCAGGAGCUGCAGCUGAGGCAGGAGCUUCUGAUGAGGAAGUCUUUGCAGCUGAGCUGAGGCAGGAGCUCCUGAUGAGGAAAGCUUUGCAGCUGAGGCAGGAGCUCCUGAUAAGGAAAGCUUUGCAGCUGAGGCAAGAGCUCUUGAUGAGGAAAGCUUUGCAGCUGAGGCAGGAGCUCCUAAUGAGGAAAGCUUUGCAGCUGAGGCAGGAGCUCCUGAUGAGGAGGUCUUUGCAGCUGAGGCAGGAGCUUCUGAUGAGGAAAGUUCUGCAGAAGCUCCUGGCGAGGCAGAAGCGCCUGGCGAGGCAGAAGCGCCUGGUGAGGCAGAAGCUCCUGGCGAGGACAGCUCUUCAGGUGAGGGAGGAACUUCUGAUGAGGAAGGAGCUGAACUUGAGCCAGCAGCUGCAGGUCAGGAAAGAGCUGCAAGUGAGGCAGGAGCUGCAGGCAGGAGAUGCAGGUGAGGCAGGAGCUGCAGGAGAGCCAGGAGCUGCAGGAGAGCCAGGAGCUGCAGGAGAGCCAGGAGCUGCAGGAGAGCCAGGAGCUGCAGGAGAGGCAGGAGCAGUAGGAGCUGCAGGCGAGGCAGGAGAUGCAGGUGUGGCAGGAGAUGCAGGUGAGGCAGGAGCUGCAGGUGAGGAAGGGAUUGCAGCUGAGGUAGGGGCUGCUGGAGAGCCAGGAGCAGCAGGUGUUGCAGGUGAGGAAGGAAUAGCAGGUAUGGCAGGAGCUGUAGGUGAAGCAGGAGAUGCAGGUGUGGCAGGUGCGGCAGGAGCUGCAGGUGCGGCAGGAGCUGCAGGUGCGGCAGGAGAUGCAGGUGAGGCAGGAGAUGCCCGUGAGGCAGGAGAUGCCGGUGAGGCAGGAGAUGCAGGUGUGGCAGGAGAUGCAGAUGAGGCAGGAGAUAGAGGUGAGGCAGGAGAUGCAGGUGAACCUGGAGCAAUGGGACCUGCAGAUGAGGAAGGAGUGCCAGGUGUGGCAGCAGGUGCUGGUGAGGCAGAACCUGCGGAUGAGGCAAGAUUGUCAGAUGAGGAAGGAGCUGGAGGUGACACAGGCAUUGAAGGUGCCAUAGGAGUUGUGGGAAUGGCAGGAGCUGCUGGUGAGGCAGGCCUUCCAGGAGAAGAAGGGGCCUGGGAUGGGGCUGCAGCAACCCAUCAUAGAGCAGGAGCCCAGCAGUGGGGCCAGGUCCUGCAGCCUGUCCUGGAAAACAUGGCCUACCAGGAAUUGAGAGCCUUUUCUGGGAUGGAAGAGGUAGAUCCUGAGGAAGAGUCCUUCGAGAGCUGGAUGAACCAUGUCAACGACAUGCUGUACCUGUGGCGCCACAUUUCGGAGAAAGAGAGGAGGAGGAGGCUGGUGGAGUCCUUGGAAGGCCCUGCCCUGAAUGUCAUUUGUGAGCUCCUGGAAGAGCACCCGGAUAUCCCUGCGCAGGACUGCCUGGCUGCGCUGGUGCGGGUGUUUGGAAACACGGAUGUCCGGGUGAUGGCACGGCUGAAGUUUCUGAUCUGCUCACAGGGGCCUGAGGAGACUCUCUUAGCCUAUGUCAUGCGCCUGGAAGGCUUCCUGCAGGCAGCCAUCGAGAAGGGGGCCAUCCACCCCGCCACAGCAGACCAGAUGCGAGCCCGGCAGGUGCUGAUGCGGGCCAAUCCAAACUGGACUCUGCAGAGAAAGCUGAGAAGGAUGCGUCUGGAGAGACGCCCCCCUGGCUUCCAGGCGCUGCUUCAGCUGGUGCAGGAGACGGAAGCCUGGGAAGCUGCCUUUGCUGCAAGUGAGGAGUUGGGAGGUGAGGCUGCAGAGGCUGGGCCUUCCCACAGAGAGGUUGCUGGGCCUGCUUCCCUCCUGGAAGAUGCAUCUCUGUCUUCCCCAGCCCAGGAAGAGGCCCGUGGAGAGGUUGGUCCUGAUCUUGAGCGUGCUGCUGAGGCUGAUUCUGAUACCGAUGAUGCCCCAAAGGCAACCACUGAGGAAGAUGAAGCAUCUUUUGAUCUUGCAGGCCUAGGCCAGGAAGGGCCCGUUGAGAGCCCUGGGGCCCCCACCUCAGCCCCUAUGGGCACUGCCUCUACAUCAGGCCCAGAAGUGUCUAGCUGUGAGCCAGAGAGCCUCGGCCAGGUAGAAGAGGAGGCCAAGGGGCCCAUGGAAGAGUUGGGAAAUGAAGACGGGGCUGGGGAGAUGAGCCUUCCCAAGUCCUCCCCAAGAGAAUAG